CCUGCAAUUCUAGCUUACGUGUAUUUAAUGCGUGGGUAAAGAGAGUGAGAGAACAUUUCUCUUUUAGGAGCUGCUUCUGGAUUUCGAAAGAGGGAAUCAUUUCUCAGCUAGUAACAUGGCGUCAAACAACAGCUUCACAAGACUCUGGGUUUUUCAGCUUCAUUCCUUUCAAUCCACCCUCUCCAACACUGCUCCUUUGCUUCUCCCCUCUCAUCUGUUUAACACAGAUGUCCUUCACCCAGGCCUCAUCUUCCCACUCAUCCCUACUUUCCAUUACUCCUCCUUUCCACUUGGCCCUCUCCCUUUCCACCAUCCUCUGCCCACAUGUUUGUGUCUCAUAUCCUGGGUUCUUCUUCAUCUCCCUCUCCUGGUUCUCACCCUGACUCCCUUUCCUGCCUUUUCAGAGGAGCAUGUGAUCAUCCAGGCUGAGUUCUAUCUGACCCCUGACCCAACGGGCGAGUACAUGUUUGACUUUGAUGGUGAUGAGAUUUUUCACGUGGAUAUGGAAAAGAAAGAGACUGUCUGGAGGCUUGAAGAAUUUGGACGUUUUGCCACCUUUGAGGCUCAGGGUGCAUUGGCCAAUAUAGCUGUGGACAAAGCCAACCUGGAAAUCAUGAUAAAGCGCUCCAACCACACCCCAGACACCAGUGUACCUCCCGAGGUGACUGUGCUCCCAAACAAGCCUGUGGAACUGGGAGAACCCAAUAUCCUCAUCUGUUUCAUCGACAAGUUCUCCCCACCAGUGGUCAAUGUCACGUGGCUUCAAAAUGGAAAACCUGUCACUGUCGGAGUGUCAGAGACAGUCUUCCUGCCCAGGGAAGACCAGCUUUUCCGCAAGUUCCACUAUCUCCCCUUCUUGCCCUCAACUGAGGAUGUUUAUGACUGCAAGGUGGAGCACUGGGGUUUGGAUGAACCUCUUCUAAAGCACUGGGAGUUUGAAGCACCAACUCCCCUCCCAGAGACAACAGAGAAUGUGGUGUGUGCCCUGGGCCUGGUUGUGGGUCUGGUGGGAAUCAUUGUUGGGACCAUCUUCAUCAUCAAGGGUGUGCGCAAAGGCAAUGUUGUUGAACACCGAGGGCCUCUGUGAGGCACUUGCAGGUAAUGGACUUUCUUAGAGAGAAGAUCAAUGAAGAAACUUCUGCUUCAAUAGCUUUACGAACCCGGCAAUACUCCAUUUGUUCACUUCAGCGAAGACAACAAUUCUUCAGCACUUUCCAGCCCUUUAGCUACUCUAAGAAUGUUGAUUUCUUCCCAAUCUCUCCAUACGCUAAUAGCUAGUUAUUCCUUGUCAAUUGUCCCUUCUUAUUUUUGUUUCCCUUCCAUUUCCUACUAUCUUUUUAUUAUUACCAUGUAAUGCCUCUGUAAUAGACCCCACAGAAUUCUUCCUCCAUUAUGGAACCUUUUGAACAUUCUACAGGGGUGUCUUCUGUAUACUUAUUGCUUGAGCCUUCUUCAAACUGUGAUUGUGAUUUUUCUAAAUACAAUAAACUACUGAGUGGGUCUUAGA